AUGUCGAGUUCUCCAUCUGCCAUAAUCGAAGAUUUCGCAUUUCAACACUCCUCUCCGCUUUCAUUGCGUCAACAGCCACUCCCAACUCCGCCAGCUCCGUUGCCCGAUCAGGUCUCGGAACCACACGACUACAACUUCUCGGGCGCAGUGUACGAUGAGAGUACUUCAGGCACGGAGUCGGAGAAUCAGACCGCAACAGAAAAUGAGGAAGAGGAGGAAUUACUAGACAUUGAUCGAAGAACAUCUGGGUGCUCGUCAAUCUCCUCGUUUCCAGCAUCGGUGUCUCAGCAUGUGCCUCCAAGACCAAGUCAAUAUGGCAGUCCAAGGACACCUACAAAGAGGGAUUCGGUGGACUCUCACAGGUCAUACGGCUCUGAAAGAGCAGGCUUUUCAGUGAGGUCGCCAAAGACGUUCCCCGAAUACCAAUCGCCCUUUCGACAUCCUAGCAGUGUCAGGGCUUUGCAAAUGAGAGAUGAAGUAAUGAGCGACACGCACAGUGUAAUAAGACAUAGGCGAAGCGGCUCUCAGAUGUCCUCUUACAGCGCCAGAAGCUCCUAUUCGACGCACAGUUCUCCUACCAAACGGUCGAGCCGUUCGAAUCGAGGAUCGCCUCAGAAAGCCACAAGCAAUCUUCGAAAGGAGUUCCCGCUUGUUCUGUUACAUUGCACGAUGUUGCCACCGACUUUACUAUCGCAGGCCACUUCGCACGAAGACGCCCUCAUAUGCGACUUGCUGCCCGAACCGUACCAAAAGAGAUGGCACCACCUGAGAGACAAAUUGGUGGAAGAUGUCGAGAUCAAAACAAGAGGAAUCCUCAUCGCCCACCCACGAGAGGACUAUGACCUCCUCGAGGAGCGUCUUCUGGAGAGUUUGGACCUUGAACGCCCUCGGAUAAGGCACAACCAUUAUUUCUCGACUGACAACAACGGGACCGAUAGUGGGUUUGAAAGUGGCAGCACGACCGGCGACGACAACGACGGUGAUGGCCCGGAUGACACCAAAUGUCCGGACUGUGGCAGGAAGUUGAGGACAGACGAGACUGCAAGGAAGUGGGAAGUCAAGGUAUUUGCCGCCAACGGACUACUGAGGGCAGGAGCAUGGGGAGCUGCCUGGCAGGAGAUGGAAAAGGUUGAUGUGGAAGUGAGGGUCUGGUUGCCAGAGGACACACGAAGAGAUCUGGAGGCCAAAAUCGCCCUCCUCGACUCCAUCCCCGCGAGCACGGAAGGUGAUGAUGCCGGUCAGCCUGAAGUUCCAACCGCUCGGGAGAGAGAGGUCUAUGGUGCAAGUGGGAGGGGCAGCAGGAGUCAGUCCGAUAUUGACGGUUUUUGUCAAGACCCCCCUACUUCCAUGCCAGAUCCAGCACCUCCGAUCCCUCCUCCUCAGUCACUGCCUGUCCAAGAUGAUGACCUAGGCAAAUUGAUGGUGGCAGCUAUACAAAAGUUCAGUCACGAGCGGCGAAACUUUUUGGUGGUUCUUCUCAGUGGGCUGAUGCUUUUGUUAGCCAUGAUGGCAAAGACCUCACCAGAAGGACAACAACAAGUUCAUCAUGGACUUUACAAUCCAACAUCAUCAGCUUAUUCGGCGGAGACCUUGACUACCACCAUCACAACGACCAGUGUUGCAGUGGCCACCGCCACCGCCACUGUGACGACGUCUAUUCUCGCUCAACCUCCGCCCCCAAUUCCUAAUCCUUUGGAGAAUGUCAUAUCCAUGGAGAGAAAUCACAACGACAGUAACUCGUGGGAAACCUUGGAUGAGACUUCUUGGACGACACUCGACCACGCUACGGAUACUAUAAUGGUUGAUACUGCGAGCACAGCAUCGACUUUGGUCUUGUCGAAUGUCGUAGUAGAGACGACGACGACGAGCAUGUCAGGUGAGAUGGCCGUGGAGACUACUACGAGCGCAGAACCAACGCAAGAAGAUGCCGGUGAAGAUGCAUGUACAGAGACGUCGAGUUUGAUGAUGGAAUCCGAGACGACUGCAACAGAGACAGAGACAGAGAUAGAGACGGUGCUGGAAACAGGUCCUGUUGAGACAUAAUGACUUGUGUGUAGCGUUUGGUUUUUGUAGCGAUUGGAUUAUCUUUUUGAGAUACCGUACAAAGAAGAGUAUUU